GUCAUUCAUCACGGUGGUGGUGAACUGCGCGUGAACUUUGGAGAAAAAGUUGAGAGGAUUGAUAUGAUUUGAAACGCAGCGAACAGGUUUUUGGAGACGAAAUCACUGGGGAGGAUUUGUUCAAAACACUGAACGAAAGGAGACCGUCACUUGGGACAGAAUGAAGUCGCUGUUAUGGGAUUAAAUUUGAUUGUUUUUUUAAUUUUUCACUCCUUAAAUGACCGUUUAAAAAAACAUUCUGUAGGUGGCGGUAAAUGCACCUUUUUUGAGUGCCAGCCGCCAUUAAAGCGUAGAAGAAGAAUAAGAGGAAGUAGAAGAAGGAGGAGGAGGAGUGACAGGAAAACACGCGCGAAACUACCAACAACAGAGAAAAGUGAGGGCUCUCGUCUCUCGCCUGGUUGCUGUUGUGCAAGAAGUUUUCAUUUUUGUGGAUUAUUUAUUGAAAACGCGUGAUGACAGGACUGCUGCAGCAUCCGGGAUACGAUGAGGAGAAACUCCAGAGGAUCGCAGAGCUGCUGCCAUGCAGGGAGGUCCAGGCUGGGCUCCUGCUCUCUCUCAUGGGGCAGCCUGAGCAUCACUGUUACCCUUCAAUUUUCAUCUAUGGGCAUCAAGCCUCUGGGAAGAGCCAUGUACUAAAUAUUGUAAUGAAACAACUGGAGCUACCCCACGCCAUGGUCAGCUGUGUCGAAUGUUUUUCAGUGACAUUGCUUUUUGAACAAGUGCUUCAGUCCUUCUUUGGGGCUGAUGCUUCCUCCCUGCUCCCCCGAGGUCCCUCUCUGUCUGACUUUGUUCGCAUCUACAGACAGCUGAGCUCAGAGUCACCCACCAAGCAGACCAGAUACAUUAUAAUGGAAAAGGCUGAAAUGUUGAGGGACGCAGAUGCCAAUCUACUUCCUGCUCUCCUCCGUCUUCAGGAACUAGUUGAAGACAAUGUUACAGUGAUUCUGCUUAGUGAAAUCGUGUGGGAUAAGUUCAGACCAAACACUGGUUGUUUUGAGCCCCUCCUGCUGCAUUUUCCAGACUACAGUAAAGGUGAGCUGCAGCAGAUAUUGUCAAAGGACAAGCAUCCUUUAUAUUCAGCAGAGUUUUACUCCUCCUACAUCAACAUCUUGUUGGGUGUUUUCUACUCUGUUUGUCGAGACCUCAGAGAACUGCGCCACCUGGCUGCUCUUAAUUUUUCAAAGUUCUGUGAACCACUAGAAGAAGGCAAAGUUAAAGAAAGUGACACACACAAAUUGUGGCGAAACAUUGAGCCUCAUUUGAAAAAAGCCAUGCAAACAGUUUAUCUUCGAGAGGUGUCCAGUCUUCAGUGGGAGCAGAUGCAAGAACUGGAGGAAAGAGAAGUCGGCGCUGUGAGAGGUUUAUCAGCUCACACUCAUGUUGAAUUGCCUUAUUACUCCAAGUUCUUAUUGAUUGCUGCUUACCUGGCAUCAUACAACCCAGCUCGCACAGACAAGCGUUUUUUCCUAAAGCAUCAUGGUAAAAUAAGAAAAGCCAAUUUUUUGAAGAAAAAUGAAAAGACUAGUAAUCAUCUCCUGGGACCUAAGCCCUUCCCUCUUGACCGCAUGCUGGCAAUCUUCUACAGUGUUGUGGACAGUAGAGUGGCCCCUACAGCCAGUAUAUUCUCUCAGAUCUCCUCUCUAGUGACCCUGCAGCUACUGAACCAGGUCAGCCACGAUGACCAGCUCGAUGCCCCCAAGUACAAGUGUGCCGUUUCUAUGGACUUCAUUUGUGCCAUUGCCAGGACCGUCAACUUUGAUAUUGUGAAGUAUUUGUAUGACUUCCUUUGAGGCUGCUGAGCAAAAGAAGAGCUGACACACAUUGACAGUAAGACAUAAGGAGCUUUGCACUUGAAUGCACUUAAGCACAUGCAUCAUGUGAAACUGAGCUCAGACUGGGUCCUGUUAAACUAAUCCAGUUAUGACCUCUGGUGGCGGCUUUAUGUGUAGAAUUUAAAGUAAUGUGUUCCAUUGGAGAAGAAAAAUUGAAACUUAAUAUUUCAUGUAAUAUUUGCAAAAUAAAGUUAUUUUGAUA